AUGUUCCCAUCUGUGGUGAAUGUGCUUCAAAUGAUUGUUGAUGAUAAUCCUAAUGAUAGUUCGGGUGAAGCCUAUAAGUUAUGGAGAGAAAUACAAUCUUUUGAGUUUGUGUUUCACUUAUUUGUAAUGAAAGCUAUAUUGGGAAUAACAAACACUUUGUCUCUAGCAUUGCAAAAGAAAGAUCAAGACAUUGUGAGUGCAAUGAAUUUAGUGAAAACAUGCAAGGAAAACCUGCAGUUGAUGAGGGAUAAUGAGUUUGAAGAAUUGGUUGAGCAAGCAUCCUCGUUUUGUUACAAACAUGAUAUUAUAGUUCCUACCAUGGAUGAGGAAUAUGUAAUUCCAGGGAGAUCACGGCGUAAUGCUCCAAUGAAGACAAAUUAUCAUCGUUAUCGUGUGGAGAUCUUUAUUCAUGUAAUUGAUGGGCAACUUGCGGAGUUAAAUGAUCGCUUCAACGAGGUAAGUACUGAGUUACUUACUUGUUUGGCAUGCUUGAGUCCAAAAAAUAACUUUGUGGCUUUUGACAAACGAAAGCUAGUUCGUCUUGCUCAAUUUUAUCCUUAUGAUUUUUCGGAUAGAGACUUAUUGAUGCUUGAAGAUCAACUUGGUGUUUAUGUUCAUCAUAUGCGUUCGAGUAGUGAUUUUUCUCAAUUGGAAGGGAUUAGUAGUCUUGCGGAAAAAAUGGUGGAGAAAGGAAUGCAUGAAAUAUUUCCUUUUGUGUAUUUGCUUCUUACAUUGGCUUUGGUUUUACCGGUUGCAACUGCAUCAGUGGAGAGGGCAUUUUCCGCCAUGAAUAUUAUUAAAAAUCCACUUCGCAACAGAAUGGGAGAUCAAUGGUUGAAUGAUAGCUUGAUUGUUUACAUUGAGAGAGAUGUUUUUGCUUGUAUUGAUAACGAAAUUAUAAUGCAACAAAAAUUUCAGAACUUUUAUACUAAGCCCCCUUGGCUACAUAAUCCUGAAUCCGCCACUGACUAUCAGGGUGUCUUUCCAUGUAGGUGA